GUCCUGACCCUUGCGGGGGCCGCCCCAGCCCCGUCGCAACCAAUCGGAGCGCCGGGGCGGGCACAGCUGGGCAGACUAUAACAGGGGCCCGCUGCGCGGGGACCAGCGCUGCUGAUGCUAAUGCCCAGGCUGCGAGAACUUGGCAGGGUCCCUCAGACUUUCCAACAUGAAUAUAUAUCUGGUCAUAUUUUCCCUGUGUUUGGGAAUAUCAUUUGCUGCUCCAAGAAUAGAUCCUGUUUUGGAUAACCACUGGAACCUGUGGAAGUCAUGGCACACUAAGACCUACCAUGAGCGGGAAGAAGGCUGGAGGAGAAUGGUAUGGGAGAAGAACUUGAAAAUGAUUGAACUACAUAAUCUGGAUCACACAAUGGGAAAACAUAGCUACAGAAUGGGAAUGAAUCAAUUCGGUGACAUGACUACUGAAGAGUUUAAGCAGCUGAUGAAUGGGUUCCAAUAUAAAAAAUCAGAAAGGAAGUACAGAGGAUCACAGUUCCUUGAACCCAACUUCCUGGAGGCACCAAAAUCUGUAGACUGGAGGGAAGAGGGAUAUGUAACUCCAGUUAAAGACCAGGGUCAGUGUGGAUCUUGUUGGGCUUUUAGCACAACUGGUGCUCUUGAAGGGCAGCACUUCAGAAAAACUGGCAAGCUUGUCUCACUGAGUGAACAAAACCUUGUAGACUGCUCUCGUCCUGAAGGAAAUCAAGGAUGCAAUGGUGGUCUCAUGGAUCAAGCUUUCCAGUAUGUACAGGACAAUGGAGGAAUUGAUUCAGAGGAAUCCUACCCAUACAUUGCAAAGGAUGAUGAAGACUGUAUGUAUAAGGCAGAGUACAAUGCUGCUAAUGAUACUGGCUUUGUAGACAUCCCACAAGGACGUGAAAAAGCACUCAUGAAAGCAGUGGCAUCUGUGGGUCCAGUCUCUGUGGCUAUUGAUGCAGGCCAUUCAUCAUUCCAGUUUUAUGAAUCAGGUGUCUAUUAUGAGCCAGAAUGUAGCAGUGAGGACCUGGAUCAUGGCGUUCUGGUUGUAGGCUAUGGCUUUGAGGGAGCAGAUGAAGAUGGGAAGAAGUACUGGAUUGUUAAGAACAGCUGGGGUGAGAAGUGGGGUAACAAAGGAUAUAUCUACAUGGCUAAAGACAGGAGGAAUCACUGUGGAAUAGCUACAGCAGCUAGCUAUCCACUAGUAUAACUUACUGAGGGGGACUAAGUGUUUCAUUGCAAGAGUGGUUUUAAACUGAUUGACAAACCCAUGUUAACACAUGUGGCAGGAUUUGUAUCUUCCAAGAUCCAACUUGCAAGUUUUAUAUAUUGGUGACAAGCCACUUGUUUAAAUUAAUGUAAAUGUUAAUAUGUAAACAAGCUUGUAAUAUUGCUGGUUUGCAGACUGCUUAAUUGAUUGGAUUCUUUUUUGAAUUUUCCUUUUUUAACUGUAAUGUGCACAAAGGUUUACUUUUUAAAUAAACACGCCAAUUCCAACGUGUAAA